UUCCUGCCGGGUUUGUGACACGGCGGGGGAAGGCAGAAGCACGGGCAGAGGGCAGCCAGAGAGGCCGAGCUGCGCCACAAGGAAGGACAGACACAGGGCGAGACGACACGGGGAUCGUACAUCCCUCUCCCACCACGCCAUGUCCCUGGUGGAGACGAUCCGGCUGUGGCAAGAAGGGGUGUGUGCAGCGGACAGGAAGGAGUGGAGCGCUGCCCUGGAUGCCUUCACGGCCGUCCAGAACCCCUCAGCCAAAAUCUGCUUUAACAUCGGCUGCAUCCAGCUUGUCCUGGGGAAGCUGGCGGAGGCGGAGGAGGCGUUCACCCGGAGCAUCGGCUGUGACAAGCACCUGGCUGUGGCUUAUUUCCAGCGGGGGACCGUGUUUUACCGGAGCCAGAACCACGGAAAGGCCAUUGAGGAUUUCAAAGAGGCGCUGGCUCAGCUGCGAGGCAACCAACUCAUUGACUACAAGAUCCUGGGGCUGCGCUACCGGCUCUUUGCCUGCGAGCAGAUUCUCUACAACAUUGCACUGGUGUACGCCACAACAGAGAACUGGGAGAAGGCUGAGGAGCACCUGACCCUGGCCAUGAGCAUGAAGAGUGAGCCCCAGCACAACAAGAUAGACAGGGCAAUGGAAGCCAUCCUGAAGCAGAAGCUCUGUGAGCUGGUGGCCAUUCCUGCAGGGAAGCUGUUCAGGCCAAAUGAGAAGCAAGUGGCCCAGCUGGAGAAGAAGGACUACCUGGGAAAGGCAAUGGUGGUGGCCUCUGUGGUGGACAAGGACGAUUUUUCAGGAUUCGCUCCCCUGCAGCCACAGGCCUCUGGUCCUCCACCCAGGCCCAAGACCCCAGAAAUCCUCAGGGCCCUCAGAGGGCAGCCACACCGUGUCAUGUUCGAGUUCAUUCCUGAGACUGAGGAGGAGCUGCAGGUCCUGCCAGGAAACAUUGUCUUUGUCCUGAAGAAAGAGAAGGACAAUUGGGCUACAGUGAUGUUCAAUGGAAAGAAAGGGAUUGUCCCCUGCAACUUCCUCGAGCCUGUGGAGCUCCAGAAUAAGCUGCAUAUCCAGGAAGAAACCCCUGUGGAAGCUGAGAUCCCUGAGUCACCCACCUGCAGUGUGCCCGAGAAGCCGCGGCGGCUGGCACCAGACUACGUUCCUGCUACCGUGGCGCAGCCAAGAGACACAGCAAAGGAGGCUGAACCAACUGUCCUCAAGGUGCAUUACAAAUUCACAGUGGCCCUGAGAGUCGAUCAGGGCCACUCCUACAGGGAGCUCCUGGAGCUGGUUUGCAAGAAGCUGGAGCUGCAGCCCGAGCACACGGAGCUGAGGUACAAGCCUGUGGAAGGCCAGGAGCUGGUGACUCUGAGUGCAGAGAAUGUGGAGGCAGCCUGGAGCCAGAGCAAGGACAACUGCCUGACAGUCUGGUGCAAUGGCACAGAGGGAGAGGGGUUUGUACCAGACAGCAAACCAGAGGAGUCACUGCAGGAGGCAACACCUGGGGAGACAGGACCAAACCAUGUUGUAGCUCAGUACAGUUAUGAAGCCACCCAACCUGAAGACCUGGAGUUUCAGGCAGGAGACAUGAUCCUUGUUUUAUCCAAAGUGAAUGAAGACUGGUUUGAAGGCAAGUGCAAGGGGAGGACUGGCAUCUUCCCAUCUGCAUUUGUUCAACAGCCCAACACUGAACACCCAGAGAAGUGAUCACAGAAAAGCUUGAAGUUGUGGAGAGAAAUUAAGAAUUCAACUGUUGCCAUUAUGUAGUCUGCAUAUUAAUCCCUGCAUCUGAAAAUGAACUUUAAAUGUUAUUGCUACUUGUAUUAAAAGCUUUAUAUUUUA